CGGCGAGUCGGGUUAAAGGUCGUUGCUAGGAUGAAGAUGGCGGACGGGCGCUGCGCCUGAAUUUGCGGGACGUUCCUGAGUUGCGUUCGUUUUUAUUUCGGCGGCGGCGGAGGAGGGGGAGAAGAGCGCCGCAAAGAUGGGUCGGAGGUCGACCAGUUCCACCAAGAGUGGGAAGUUCAUGAACCCCACUGACCAGGCCCGAAAAGAAGCCAGGAAGCGGGAAUUGAAAAAGAACAAGAAGCAACGAAUGAUGGUGCGGGCAGCUGUGCUCAAAAUGAAGGACCCCAAACAAAUAAUCAAAGACAUGGAGAAACUGGAUGAAAUGGAGUUCAAUCCUGUUCAACAACCCCAGCUUAAUGAGAAAGUAUUGAAAGAUAAGCGGAAGAAACUCCGAGAGACGUUUGAGCGAAUCCUGCGUCUGUAUGAGAAGGAAAAUACUGAUUUUUAUAAGGAGCUGCGGAAACUUGAGACGGAAUAUGAACAGAAGCGAUCGCAACUUUGCCAGUUCUUUGAUGCUGUGAAGAAUGCCCAGCAUGUGGAGGUGGAGAGUAUUCCACUGCCAGAUAUGCCUCACGCACCGUCAAACAUCAUGAUUCAGGACAUACCCCUCCCGGGAGCUCAACCACCGUCGAUAUUGAAGAAAACAUCAGCUUAUGGGCCACCCUCCAAACCUGUUACACUCAUGCCACUUCCUUCUUAUGGGGUUCCACGGUUGCCACCUGGUAAGAAGCCACCUGGUCCUCCACCAGGUCCUCCGCCACCACAGGUGUUAGCACUUUAUGCCCGAAGGAUGGGCCCUCCUCCAGGUUUACCUCUGAAAGGAAAGGAUGACGAUAAUGUCUAUGAUCCUGAAACUGCAAUUCAGGAUAUGCAGGAGGAUGAGGAGGAGGAAGACAGUGGAGAUGAUGAUUACAACGAUGUCAUGGAGCAGGAUCAAGAUGGAGAUCGAGAAGAUCAAGACGAAGACAGUGAUGAUUCAAAGGAUAAAGACAGUGAUGACGAUGAUGAUUUUCGGCACCGAGAUGAAGAUGAUGACAGGCUGGACGAUGAUAAGCCAGGACGUACUGUGCGGUUUGCAGAUGUGCAGGACAAACACAAGAAGAAAAAGAAAAACAUGAAGGAGCUGACUCCUCUGCAGGCCAUGAUGCUUAGAAUGGCAGGACAAGAUUUCCCAGAGGAGGAGGAGGAGGAGGAAGAGGAGCCCACUCCUGAGGCAGCCGCUGAAGAAGAGAAGAUGGAUACAGAGGAACAGAGUCGUGAAAAGCGACAGCUGGAGGAAAGCCAGCCAGAAGGGCCACAGGUACCGCCGCCAACCCAGAUGCCCCCCAGAGCACCGAUGCAAGCUCCACCAAUGCCUGGGCCUCCUCCACUUGGACCUCCACCUGCACCUCCACUAAGACCUCCAGGGCCACCAUCUGGCCUACCACCAGGACCACCCCCAGGGGCACCUCCAUUCAUACGACCACCAGGGUUGCCUGGAAUCAGAGGACCGAUUCCACGCUUGCUUCCUCCUGGACCACCACCAGGGCGACCUCCAGGCCCACCACCAGGACCCCCGCCAGGCCUUCCUCCAGGCCCACCACCCCGCGGACCCCCUCCAAGAUUGCCACCACCUGCACCCCCAGGUAUCCCACCUCCUCGGCCAGGUAUGAUACGCCCACCCUUGGCUCCUCCACUUGGUCCCGCGCCCCCAGGAUUGUUUCCACCAGCCCCAGUGCCGAACCCCGGUGUCCUCAGUGCUCCUCCAAGUCUCAUCCAGCGGCCGAAGAUGGAUGAGAACAUCACCACCAUCGAGAAGAAAGCUAUCGCCACGAUCAGUGCAAAGCCCCAAAUCACCAAUCCUAAGGCAGAGAUCACCCGCUUUGUGCCUACCGCCUUGCGAGUCAAGCGAGAAAGUAAGAGUCAGGUGCCACUGAAGAAAGGAGAGGAAGAGGUUGUCGCUCCGACAAAGCCAGUACCAAAGGCUUCACCAGCUGUCUCAAUUCAAACAAAGGAUGACAUAUAUGAGUCUUUCAUGAAAGAAAUGGAAGGUCUUUUAUAACUAACUCAGACUUGGCCCCUCCUUGUCCUAGAUUACCAACCUCUCAGCCGUGCUCUUUGAGAUUCAUGUCUAAAUGCAUCCCCAAAUUUGCUUUUUUAAAAUAUAAAUACAUUUCUGUAACAUGAAUGUUUAUGUGAAAACACUGAUUUAUAAAAUUGUUAUUCCUAUGAUGUAACUCAACCCUAUAACCUGUGUGGUUAGGAAUUUUGCAACUGAGAACAGACCCUUACUCGUGAGCUUUCAAACACUGUGGCUGAAGAUUAGACUUGCUGCAUGCUUGCAAGCAUUAUCAAAACCAGAAUUAAAAGAUAACUGCUUCAAGGAUAAGGGGUAAUGAUUUACAGAGACAUUUUGUAGGAAAUGUUGGAGAAAAUAUCAUUUUCAUUUGUAUAAUUUAAACACAGGAGUCUCCAACAGUAAGAGUUUCAACCUUUAGCACUGACAGUUAGAGAAAAUAGUUUUGGAUUGGUGAAUUUAAAAAAAGUUUGGGGCAAAUUGGGUAUCAGAGGUCAUGCGUUAGCAGUUAUAAAGUCCCUUUCGUAUUCUUAGCUCAACUGAAUUGCUAAGCUUGUGGCAGGGUGAGAGGGCUCAUUCUCCCAUUGAUGUCUACUGAAACUAUUGUCAAAAAAUAUUCCCUUUUUUUGUGUUGUGGGUGUCUGUACAUAUAGCCCUCGGUAGUAUCUCUGCCCAGUCUUCCUUUAAGUGAAUGCUUAACUUCCUAUUUUACAUGAAUAAUUUUGGUACUGUAUCAGUACUGGUGUGUAUACAGAGGCAGAACUUUGACAGGACUGAUAAUAAGUGGUUCCACUGAUCACAUCCCUUAAUGAAUUUCUUGGAAAUAGAUUGGAGACAAAAAGCUUGAUAAUUCAUCUUUUUGCAAAUGUGCAAUGUAAUGUUAAAAAUGUUUGUUUUGUUUUAUUAAGCUUUUCUGUGUAAAAGCUGGUAGUGUAGUGGCAUCAGCACUGGACUUCGAGGCCAAUGGUCUCCUUGCAUGCUUUCCAUCCUUGCUGGGUUGAGUGUUAAGGUAGCAACUCAGCCUCUUUUUUUUUAAAAAAAGACAUGCUAAGGAAAUGGAAAAGAUUGCCACCCAAAGUGGCACAAGGUGCAAAAAGGAACAAGAUCUAACUUUUAUUGGCAUAUCUGUUACAAUUGCUCUGGAGCUCAUCCAAACUAUAAAACCUUCUUUUUCCACACAAUUUCACAUCUGCAUUGCAUUAAUGUAGGGCAUGGAUUUUUAAAGGCAUCCCUGUACUUGUCUGUUGUCAUUAUCCAUAUCUAGUGUUCCAAGGCAUACUAGGGUAAAUUAUUGAAUGUUCAUGAAUGAAUGCUAUUCUUCUGUGCCACUGCAAGUAUAUCAUCAACAUCAUGCAAGGGUAGAUCUAUAACCACCAGUAUUUCAGCUUCCUGUGAUAGCUUUCUAAACACUCUGUAGACAUUACUUGCUUUAUGCCAAUGUUGCAUAAAACUUCAAUAAAUUUCCUAUUUACACAUUUUGGAAAUGGAUGGCAACUCAAUUUCAAUCAAAUAAUCCAAGGACCUAAUCAGAAAACACUGCAGUUUUAAGACUAUUCAUUGAGGUGAAUUAUUGUAUUGUUUGAUCCUUUUGUGUUACAAAGUAAAUAGAAUUGGUUCAA